AUGACAACAAGCCGUGGCAGAUCAACGCAUACUUCCAAUAAUAAUAAUAAUACUAAUAAAAAUGGCAACGAAUGUAACGUCGAACUGUUUCCAAUAUCAAAAGAUGGAGAUUGGUCUCGAGCAAUUCAUCAUGAUCUCAAUAUAAAACGACGAACUUGCACAACAUUUAUUAUUCCAAAAGAUAAAAAAGCUGCUACUGCUGAUCAAAGUACAAAUGAUCCUCAAUGUUCUUGUAAACGUCUUCGUCGUGAACAUUCUUGGGAUCUUUUUGAAGAAGAUGUUAAUAAUGUUAAAUGGAAUAAAGACGAUCAUACAAGAUCUGCUUACAAUAAUGCAUAUGGAUAUAUACCCAAUACUCGUUCACAUUAUAUUCGAUGUGAUAUUGAAACUGAACCAAAGAUUCUUGCAAAAUUAAUGUUUGAUGUAUGGAAAGUUAAACCACCACGAUUAAUAAUGUGUAUUAUCGGUGGUGCUAAAUAUUUUAAAUUAAAUGAACGACUUGAAAGAGAAUUUAUGAAAGGUAUUAUUCAAGCGGCAUUAAAAGCAGAUGGUUGGAUUGUAACAACAGGUUUUAAAACAGGCGUUGUACAACUUGUUGGUGAAGCCAUUCAUGAUCAUAAAGUAACCAAUCCACGAAGCCAUAUUACAGCUAUUGGUUGUUCAAAAUGGGGUGCCGUUAGAAAUCGAGAAUCUCUUAUUUCAUCCAAAAAACCAACUAAAGGUACUCCUGAUCCAUCGAAGAAUACAUCAAAUAAUAGAAAGAAAGGUGAACAAGAUCUUGAGCCUAAUCAUACUCAUUUUCUUUUACUUGAUGAUGGAACAUAUUACGAUUAUGAUACUGGAGAUUAUCGAUCGAGAUUUGUUCUUGACGCAUCAAGUUACAAACAUAAGGAUGCUAAUAAUCAACAAAAAAAUGGUAAUCUAAUAGUUCCUGUUGUAACCAUAGUUGUUGAAGGUGGUCCGGAUACAUUAUUAACAAUUUACAAAGAUCUUCGUCGAGAUAUACCAAUAGUCUUGAUUGAUGGUAGUGGUCGAGUUCCUAAUAUGCUUGCAAAUUAUCUUGCACGUACAGAAUCAAUGAUUCAUCGAAUAGGAAAAGAAGAAGCUGCUGAUUGGAAAAAAGUAGUUGAUGUUAUAGAUGAUAAUGAUAAAGAAAAAUUGAAAAACAAAUUUCAGCCUUAUGAAAGUGAAAUACGUGAUGAUUUAAGAGAUAUAGCAAAAGGAUCGAAAAAAUUUGAAAGUUCCGAUGAAUUAUUUUAUUGUAUUCUUUAUUGUUUACAACCAGCUGUUAGAUCAAGAAUUCUUGUUUAUAGUCUUGAUGGUGAUCAUGAUUUAGAUGAUACUAUUUUUGAAGCUAUUAUUCAUGCAAACCUAGAGAAAAGUUCUGAUGCGGAUAAAGCAUCUACUCGAAAACAAUUAUUAUUAUUGGCACUUGCUUGGGAUGCAAUUGAAGUAGCGAAAGAACUUAUUAUAAAAGAUGAUUUAAGUGAUCUUGAUGAACCAACGAAAGCCGAACUAUUUUUCGAAGCUCUUAGACGUGAUCGUUCACAAUUUGUUAAUACAUUUAUUAAACUAAAUUUUGAUAUAACUAAAAUGUUUUAUGAAGGAAAAACAAAUAAACCAUGGAAAUUAAAAUGGGAUAAAUUAUCUGAUAUAUAUAAUAAUGAUCAUGAGAAAAAUAAAGAACGUCUUUAUUUGCUUAAUAAAUGUCAUGAAAGUGGAAAAAUUGAACACAAAGAAGAACUUGAUCGAAUAUUAAGAAAAUUAAUAGGUGAUUAUAUGAAACCAACCUAUUCUACUUCAGUAAAUGGACCAAUAGGACGACUUUCAUUGUGUUGUGGAUGUCCGCAAAGAGGCCGUGUUUCAGAUAGCCGUACUGUUUUAUAUAAAGACGAUAAUAAUUACGAUGAUGAUGAUUCAGAAGUACCCGAUCCAGAAGAAGCUAAAAAAGAAGCUCAAGAACUUGUUUAUCGGGAUUUAUUUUUUUGGUCAAUAUUAACAAACCGUAUUGAAAUGUCAAAAGUUCUAUUACGUCAUAUGCAAACACGUAUAUGUGCUGCAUUAAUCGCAUCAAAAGUAUUAAAGUCAUAUGCAAAGUUUGCUCGUGAUAAUGAAUCCAAAGAUGUUCUACGUUCUGAAGCUGAAACUUUCGAAGAAUAUGCUAAGGAAUGUUUAAAAUGUUGUUAUAAUUGUGAUGAAGCCAUAGCAUGUGAAAUUGCUAUUCGACGUAUUAAUAUAUUUGGUGGUGUUUCAUGUCUUCAAGUAGCUGUUGACGCUGAUGAUAAAAAUUUUGUUGGUCAACCAUGUUGUGAUCAACUUUUGACUAAUGUUUGGUAUGACAAAUUAGAACCACUUCAAUUAACAAUGCCGAAACGAAUUGCAUUAAUUUUGAGUCUUUGUACAUUUGGUUUAUUAGCACCUUUCUUACUUUCAUUUCGUAAACCAGAAUCGGAAACGGAUAGUAUAGAUAAUUUUCUUCAUAAUCAAAAUAAAACGUAUGGAAUGACAGUUAAUGAAACCGAAGAGGAAGAAGAAAACAGAAAAAAAUUAUUAUCAAACGAAAAAAAAAAAUUAGAUAAUCAUGGUAUUAAUUAUUCUGAUAUUUAUAUACCAAAAUCAAAAUCUUUUUCAAAUCGAUGUAAAAAAUAUGUUCGUCGUCUAAAACAAUUUCAUGAAGCUCCAUUUAUUAAAUUUUUAUAUAAUUGUGCUAGUUACACAUUUUUCCUGUUGCUCUUUUCUUAUUAUCUGUUAUUUAAUUUUAAUAUUCCAACAGAUGACAUUCCAAGUAUACAUUGGACAGAAAUUUUAGUUAUUAUUUAUGUAUCAACAAUGCUUAUGGAAGAUUUUCGACGAUUCCUUUGUCUGGAUAAUCGAACAUUUUUUGGAAAGCUGCAUAAUUAUUUUGUUAAUGAUCUAUUGUUUAGUUCAAUUCGUAUUGCAUCAUAUGUUCUUUUUUAUAUUGGCCUUAUUCUUCGUUUUGUAUAUGCAUCCGAUGAUGAACAAUUAUCAGUUGCUAAAAUAAUUCUUGCUUAUGAUCUUGAAAUCUUUUAUAUUCGUUCAUUAACUUUUCUUAAUGUUGCAAAAAACCUAGGUCCUAAACUCGUUAUGAUACGAAAAAUGAUUAUUGAUUUGUUUUUCUUCAUAUGUAUUAUUCUAAUUGCAAUGCUUGCAUAUGGUGUAGUUUCUCGAUCUAUGUAUGAUUUUGGUCCUGAUGCUAGUGGUAAUGACUUAGCAUUUGAUGGUCGAUCAAUUUUUCGACAUAUUAUUUAUCCAGUUUAUUAUCUUAUGUAUGGAUCAACAGAUAGCGAAACGGGAGCACUUGAUCAAAAUCCCGAUAUGGCUACAUCAAUUGCUACUCAUAUUUUAUUAGCAUUUCAUAUGUUAUUUGUUAACAUUCUUCUCAUUAAUCUUCUUAUUGCCAUGUUCAGUUUUACAUUUGAAGCUGUUCAAAGGGACACUGAUCUUGUUUGGCGUUAUGAACGAUAUUCAUUAGUUCGUGAAUAUUUUGGUCGACCACCACUUUUUCCUCCAUUUAUUAUUAUAACACAUUUUAUUGAAAUUAUUAAAUUGAUUAUACGACAUUUACCAGGAAGAAAACGUUCAUCUUCGAAGCCAGCACGAGCAAAAACAUUUAAAAUGGUUGGUGCUAAUCGAAAAAUAGAUAAAGAUUGGUCAGAAUUUGAAAGUUAUGCAACAAAUUUGUAUGCUCGACGAAUAGUUAGUGGUCAACCAACUUCAGCUGCCGCUCUUGUACCAUCAGCUGCACGUCAAGAACUUUUAUCAUCUUCUGCUGAUGCAUUUAAUAUGCCUUCAUUAACAUCGAAUCUCGAUGUUAAAGCAAUAACUGAUGAAAUGACAUCAAUAAAAAAAGUUGUUGGAGAUCUUCGUACUUAUGCUGAAGAAAUGAAUAGAUGUAUGCAAUGGAUGAUGGAUGCAAUGGAUCGUGUUAAAAUGUCUAAGGAACCAAAACCAAGAUUGAGAUCAGCAUUAACGACAAGUGAUGUGAGAUUAACCGAAGACUAA